AUGUGGUUUGCUCUUGCGCUAUGGGCUCGCCGAAUUGUCGUCUACUAUGUCGCCCUCCGGGUUUAUGUUGACGUUCGAUGGACACGGAGGCGGGCUCGAGCUUUUGGCGAGGACGACGCGCGGUACGCUCUCCUCUGGUCGCGUUGCCAUCGACGAUGUGCUCGCCGUCUACUGCGCAGCAUGUUGCGACUGCGAGGUCUUUGGCUUAAAGCUGGUCAAUACGUCAGCACUCGUGCAGACGUCGUGCCUGUCGAGUACGUGGAAGAGCUCAUGCAACUACAGGACGCCGUGCCUGCAGAGGCGGGAGAUCGCGUGCGGGCUCGACUUGAGCGCGAGCUCGCUAGGGCACCUUUCCAACGUGGUCUUCUCGACGUGUUUGCGAAUAUAGACUUGGAGGAGCCGUUGGGAUGUGCGAGCAUUGCCCAGGUGCACCGUGCUCGGCUGCGCGGUUCGAACGCCCAGGUGGUCGUCAAACUUCGACACCGCGGCGUGAAGCGCGUUGUCGAACAGGAUCUAGAAAACCUGCGCAUCAUUUUCGAUUGGAUUGCAUACUACGAACCAGACUUUGAUUGGCGAGAGCUCGUUCGAGAGUGGUCAUCACGCGUACGCGAAGAGCUCGACUUUCGUCUGGAGGCCACGAACCUGCAGCGCACUCGGAACUCGCUCGCCCAAGCCGGCAUGCUCUACACUGAGGUGCUUAUGCCCCAGGUCUUCCCAGACCUGGUCAGUGAACGACUGCUCGUGAUGGAGUACAUGGAAGGCGUGCGCAUCACGGCGUUCGGACCAGACGGCAUUGCCCGGAACGCUGACGGCAGCGUUCGCCUCCGGUUAGAGCCUGCAAGCCUGGAGCUGGUAAUGCAGCGCAUUAGCCGUGCUUUUGCACACCAGAUGCUUGUGGACGGCGUUUUCAACGGAGAUCCUCACGGUGGGAAUAUUCUGGUCUGUGCAUACCAACCGGGGGUAUAUCUCCCCGUCCUGCUCGACUUCGGACUCGUCAUCCGAAUGGAGGAGCGCAUGCGCCAAGGCCUCGCGCGGAUGAUGCUAGCCGCCUCCGACGGGGACACGUUCCUGCUCAUACGGUCGUUUGCGGAGAUGGGUAUUCGUUUCCCUGGCAUCGAAAGUUCGAAAGAUGUACCCAAAGGGUCAACGCAACACGAUUCUACGGCGGUAACGUUGGACGGCGAUCCCGGUCGGAGCAUGGAGGUUGUGCAGUUUCUUUUUCGAAGCACAGCGCCCAUUGAAGAGGCCAAGCGCGAGCAGGAAGCGUUUUACAGAAAGCGCUCUCAGCCACGCGAUGCGUCCCUGCCGGGUCGGAACGAUCCCGAGGCUGCCCCCAAAAAAGCGGUUGCAUCAAAACCAAAAGAUUUUCCCAGCACUACCAUCCCCGGAUCGAUUAUGUUCAUGAUGCGCGUCGUGGGACUCUUACGGGGUCUAGCUUCCACGCUAGGCGUGCGGCACGCCUUUCUUCCAGUCUUUCGGGAAUAUGCGCUGCGGUCGCUGCCUCCAGCGCCGGAUACGUGGAUUUCUCGGUCACCAGCACGGUCCCUGUCGGACAAGGUGCUCGCAUUGUGUCAUUCGCUCAAGGAUCGCGUCGUGGGCAUACAAGUGGCGGUCUAUCAUAAACACCGCUUACUCGUGGACGUCGCCUACGGCCGAGUCGACCCAUACUCCUGGAACCGGGACGGUAGCAAUAUCGUAACACCAAAAACGCUAUUUUCUUCGUUUUCAACCACCAAGGGAAUCACCGCAAUGCUGGUUGCGCGUGCGCUGCACCGAGUUCAAACUGCAGCAGCGUCAACAUCAACAGCAAGAGCAGAGUCUUACGACGAAGGCUCGCUUGCGCGCUGGCGGCAGGGUUAUCACACACCGGUGCAUACGAUCUGGCCAGAGUUUGGCACGAGUACCUGGAAACGCGCCUGUACCAUCGGGCACAUCAUGAGUCAUCGGUCGGGGCUGCAACACGCGUUACCUGCCUCUUUCAGUAUGUGCAACGCCUUGAACUGGGACCUAAUGGUCUCUGAGAUCGCCCAGGUAGAACCUGUUUUCGAGCCCGGCACUCGGGUUGCCUACCAGUAUCUCUCGUUCAGCUGGCUUGCUGGCGGUAUCCUCGAGCGUUGUCCGACCUUGGAUGCGCAGCGUCCGUACGCUCGGGUAGCGGAGCAUUUGGCGCAACUGAAAGAGGCUUUUGGAAUCGAACCCGAUGAAGCAUAUAUCGGACUUGAGAUACAGCAGGUCGGUGGCAGCGACGACGGUACAUUCGAUAAGCACGGCGCUGUAGUUUGUGAUACUCAGGGCAUACCGAAUGGCAUCAAGGAGCACAUGUCGGGGAAUCCGCCGGUAUCACGCGACCGCCUCGCAGUCUUGAACAAGUUUGGUGCCGGUCUCACCAGUGACGCGCUCCUUGGUGGUGAUGGUGCUGCGACUGCGCAGGCGGAAGCCGCGGCACCAGCGGGUGAGCGCGCUUUUCCCGCUCCUGUGGAUGCUGUUGCAACUUCUACGGAUCCAGCCGGUUUGGAAACGGGCGAGCGACCCGCCUCGAGCACAGUCGAACGAGCCCAUCAAUCUACCUUGUCCGUGGUGAGCGCAGCGAGUUCGGAUCUGCUCAAUAGCGGUCUGGAUGCCAUUGGGACGCUCAUGGAAGCCAACGAUAAUCCCCUGGAAAAACAACAACUUAGCCAGUUGCGAGAGCGAAUCCAGCGAGAGAAGUUGUUCUGGGUACUCGAUCCCUGCUUCUUCAAUCAUUUGUUGGUACGCAAAGCUUGUCUUCCUGCAGCGAAUGGUCACUUCACAGCUCGGGCUUUAGCGCGCUUCUACGAUAAGGCAAUGCAACAGCCGUGGUGGCGAAUGGCAACCGAGGCCGUUCCCGACAGUGACUGGACUCUGGGCGGAUUGCUUCGCUUUGCGGACGGUCUUAUUAUAGGCCAUGGUGGUAUUGGGGGCUCCUUUGCGCUGGCGAUCCCAAAGGCCCAGCUCACCAUUGCUAUCACUGUCAACCGUCUGGAGCUCAGUCGGAAUGGUCCAUCUGUGGCCGAACAUGUUCUGGAGUUGGUUGCUAAGGAUCUUCACAUCAAGCGCUUUGCUCCAAAGAGACUUUUUCGGAGGCGCUGA